AUGGCAUCUACCUCCAAAGAUACUGUUUCCACAAAUGUAACCAGUCAGGAAGAUAUUGACGAUGACUUGCUACCAGGCGCUUGUCCAGAAAGCGUUCUCAAUCCUACAGAUUCCUUCGAAGAGUUCGAAACAGAAAUGAGUUCCAAUCCCCAAGAAAGACAUUCUUCACUCACGACAAAGUGUAGUACUAUCAGUGAAAUUCAAAGCGAGAUAGGUGAAUCAUCAAAAGACAUGAAAACAGUGAAAUCCAGUGAUGAUUUAAAGGGCAAAGAUGAAGCUAUGUCAUCAUCAGCAAGUAGUUCAAACCUAACAGAUCAGAAUGGAGACGGUGUGGAUAGUGAUAAAGAUGAAUAUUUACAAUCGCCAGAAUUAGUAAAUAAAGAGAAACAUGUAUUCAUUCUGAGCUCUGCGGGAAAGCCGAUAUAUUCAAGGUAUGGCAAUGAAGAUAAAUUGGCUGGAUUAUGUGGAGUUAUACAAGCACUUGUAAGUGUAGUUGAGGACCAAAACCAGGACAUCCUGAGAUCCAUAAACACGAAAGACUGUAAAGCAGUAUUCUUAGUUAAGGGUCCGCUUAUACUGGUAGCUGUUUCAAAAUCUAACGAAAGUGAAACACAGUUGGUGAUGCAGUUGACAUAUGCCUUCAAUCAAAUAGUAUCCGUCCUUACUCUCACACAACUGAAUAGAAUAUUUGAACAGCGGCGUAAUUACGACCUUAGAAGGCUAUUAGCCGGGGCCGAGAGACUGAUAGAUAACUUGCUAAUAUUUAUGGAAAAAGACCCAGCUUUCUUAUUAGGCGCUGUCAGAUGUCUGCCAUUGCCGGAAAAAGCGCGGGAAAACAUAACAAACGCAAUAAUAUCAACCUGUAACAAAAUACGAGACUUGGUGUUUGCUAUAAUGAUCGCUGGUAAUCAGUUGAUAACGUUGGUAAGAAUGAAGAAGUACACCUUGCAUCCAUCCGAUAUACAUUUACUUUUCAAUUUUGUGAGGAGCUCCGAGUCCUUUAAGACAGCUGAGAGUUGGACGCCUAUUUGUUUACCGAAAUUUGAUGCUACCGGUUUCCUUCAUGGCCAUGUUUCCUACAUCUCCGAAGACUGUCAAGCCUGUUUACUCCUUCUCACAGUACAGAGAGACGCGUUCUAUCCUUUAUCACAAGCGAAACACACGAUAGCCGAGAAAUUAGAGAAGUUAAAAUGCAUCGGAGCAAUAAACGACGCACUAAACAGAAGCAAAGACUUGCCCACAACAAACCCAUUGAAACAUAUAGGUAUACCCAUUAUAAGGCAUUUUAUGUACAAAUGCAAAUCAACUGCCCAACUUUUCACAUCCGAUCCUAUCAGUUUGGAUAGGUUACAGGAUUACAGAAUGAUGCAUAGAGAAGGUGGCGAUAUUACGGUGAAGAAGAUAGAAAAGUUAUCGGAUAUAGAUUAUGUGAAAAAUUACAGGAAGUUCUGUAAUCAAAUCCAUUGUGCAACGGUACCGGCGAAAUUUAUAUUUAGAUCUAAUUCUCAAGAUACUAUAUUGGCUUGGAUCACAAACGGCUUCGAACUAUAUGUUACAUUCGAUCCGCUAGUUGAAAAGGAACAGACAAAAAAGGCAGUCGAUCAUUUACUCCAGUGGAUCAAACGGGAAGAGAACAGGAUAUUCAUAAUGAACGCACCAACCUUCUAA